AACAUGAUGUUAGUGCGCGGGAAAGCCGGUACUAGACUAGUGUCCUGACCGUUACCCUCACGGCAGGAAGGAGCCUUACACGCCAGCUGCGGCGCACCGAAUUCAUGCACGGGAUUCGGGCUCCGGUACACGCCGCCUCGGGCUCCGGUACACGAACAGAUACAAUUACAAAAUAAGUUCCACUGUGCAGCCUCAACCUGCACGGCGCUUCCCGGCCUCCCCCCGGGAGUCAGUCGGAGGAAGAGGCCUAGCACAUACGCAGCAGCUCGCACUAGUUCCGUCUCCCUGGCUGGCAGGAGCAGGGGGCGGUGGAGGAGAGGGCAGCAACACCGGAGUCCAGCUUGUACCAGUGCCCACCCGAUCCACAAUGGAGGCUGAAGACGAGUUGGACCAACUUAAAAGAAAAUACAGAUCAAGAUAUUAUCGAGAAAGAUCAGAAAAUUCACCGAAUCUGCAACCUGGGAAUAAAUUAUUUUCUGCCCUUCAGAAUUAUAUUGUUGACUUUGGUGCUGAUGAAUCAUUUGCUUUAAGUUCAUUUUCUGAUGGUACCGGAAUUCACAGUAGUAAACAGAGAGUGGGUGGUGUUUCUACACAAAAUUCAGCAUGUGAUUCCCUACAGCAUAGUAGAGGUUUCCAGUUUCUUCCCACAGAAAAGACAAAUGUACUAACUAAUAAGCUUGUGGCUGUAUUGAUGAGUGCCGGUCCGGAACAGGAACACCCUCCUGAUUCAAACAACUGUGAUGAGAAACUCUUUUCUGAUGCGUCGGAGGAUGAGGAAAAUGAUGUAAUACCCUCGCUGAUUGAAAAUUUGACUGAUGCAGUCAGUGAAUCAGGCAGCCAGUCCCCCAAGAGUUCAGCAAAAUUCAAAGAACCGCUGUAUAGCUCUUUCAGUUCAGUUGUGCAGGAACCCCCAAGCCCAACUACUAACAUUCUUGCGAGAAAGUGUUUAAGUUUCAAAGAUGCAACAUUGACCAAAAACACAAAUAUGGCAUCCAAGUUAUCUGAAAAGAAGUUGGCUUCUAAAAUAUCUGUAGAUGAGUUGGAAACUGAUGCUCAAGUGUCAAGAUUGCAGGAAGCUGUAAAGACAAGUGUUAAGAAGCAUAAUGCCACAAAAGCCCCUAUGACUUCAUAUACAGAAAAAAGGAAUGAAGAAGAGGAGGAGUUUGAAAUUGUAGAACCAAACGUUAAUCUUGGAAAGCCUAUUGAUUUUCACAGCCAAAAAUCUGAGAUCAUACGGGAAUCUGCAAUCCAUGAUCUAUCCAUGAAUAGAAGAAACAACUACAAACAAAAGAAGACGCAUGCAAAGAUUUUACUCGAUCCAAAUGUCUUCAUAAAUACAGCUACAGCUCGACAAAUAAGGUCUACAUUUGUUGUCUCUGACCCUUCUACUUCAGGUACUGUGAAGCCUGUAAAUGUAGAUACAGAUUUAAAAAUCGACAACAUUCCAGAGUUCAGUCCACGCAUUCUGACAUCUAUGAAGUCGAAAGCUUUGCGCAUCAUGCGUACAACAAAGAGCUCAGAAUUUUUUGUACACAAGCAUAAUGUUCAGAGCGAUAUCGAUUUGCCUCAAGAGGAACGCUUCGAAAAAAAUGUUCUGAUAGAUGAGGAUUUUUCCCCAGAAGAAAUGGCAACAGUAAAGUUUUUACCUGAGGAAGACUUUUUAGAGGGAGCAAAACAUCAGAAUGAUCCAACACAAAAAGAUGUUUCCUUGCUACAAACUGAAAGUUACGUUCCUCAAGAUCCUUUAAUUGGAGAACAAUUAUCUCAUGAAGACUCUAUCUUAACUAAUAAAAUGCCAGAAAUUCAACAAUCAAAAGAAAGAAGGCAAAGCUAUAGAAAGAUGCCUCUAGUAGAACAUAUGUUGUCAAACCUUGAGAGUAAUAAAGCUUCACUUUCUAAAUCAAGAGCUGUGAUUGAGAGUGUCGAUGAAGAGUUUGACAUUGUAGAUAUCUCAGACCUGAAGCAACAGGUCAUGCUGCCACGUCCUGGGAAGUCAAAAGCUGUGAAAAGCCUGCACGCUACAGAGAGUGAGGAUAUGUCUGUACACAAGCAAAAUGGGCAGGAUGUCAAAAAGACAUUCAACAACGAUGUGACCGUAAGAGAUAUCAGGGAAAAACAUUUUCAGUCAGAUGAGGAAACUAGUGAUUCUUCUUACAGUUCCACAGAAGAGCUUAGAGUUCAGAUUUCAAAAAAGAGAAACCUUUUAGAUGAGAGAAACAAUCAGCCAGGUCCUAGUAAACUAAAAGAAUGGAAAAGAAAAGUGCAUCUAAAAAAGGUAGCUUUGACACAAGCGAAGACUAGUGUUGAUGAAGUAUCUCUAAUUAGAGGUCCUUUACUUGAACAGGAAUCGAACUUGAGCAAUAAAAAGCUAAACCAGCAAUCAAAACAAAGACGCAAAAGUUCUAAACCAGAUCCUUUACCUGAACAGGAAUCGAACUUGAGCAAUAAAAAGCCAAACCAGCAAUCAAAACAAAGACGCAAAAGUUCUAAACCAGGUCCUUUACCUGAACAGGAAUCGAACUUCAGCAAUAAAAAGCCUAACCAGCAAUCAAAACAAAGACGCAUAAGUUCUAAACCACGUGCACAUGUACAGAAGACUGUUUCUGCUGACUGUGAGAAUAAUAAAUCUUCAGCUACGUCUAAAUCAAGAGGUAGGGGUUCGAAAAGCAUUCUAUCCGAUGAAGUGAAAAUGCCAGUUCUUGAGACAAACCUCUCUGAUGACAACAGUCGUAAUGUGGUCAAUCAAAAUAAAAACAUUCUUAGAAGAAGCGAUAGAGUAUCUUUGCCACCAGGAAUAUGGUGGAGUAUUUCUGGAGAGCCAGUACAAGGUCCACUCAACAACAAGAAAACACUCACCAGCAGUAUCAGCAGCAGCAACUUGGAAGAAAGUGGCCUGGUGAAAAAUCAAGCAAAAGCUAAAAACAAUAGGAAAUCAAUUUAUGGUCCAAAGUCGAAAAAGGAAAAGGGAGAUCCAAAGUUAAAAGGAAAAGAUAAAAAAUUGUUGCAGACCAGAAAAGCAAAAAAAAGAAUGAAAGAACAAACAAACAAAGAUGAUAAUUAUUCAAAAUUGUUGGAAACUAAUUCAAAUUUAAAAAAGCAAACAGUAUCCAAAAGUCCGAGUUCUGGAAAAGAUUAUUUUCCUAAAGGUUCAGAUGGCUUUUUACAAAUGGACAUUACAGGUGACAUCUUACAAACUGACAAAAAUUUGUCACAGAAUUCCAAUGUUCAAGGUGUUUGCAAUGUUAAACCAAAUUUGUCACGUAAAAGAAAGCAUGUUGAUGAAACGGACAAAGCACAGUUAUCUCCUAAGAAAAAAUUAAAGUCAAUUUUAAAAAAUAAAUCUAAAGAAUCACGUGAUUUUGAAGAUGUCAAACACCUAAAUACUGAAAGAAUAGAAGAUGGUAAUAGUACAGAUGAAAGUCAAGAAUCACGAACGGAUCAUCUCUCAAAUUAUCAGUCGCAGCAGAACAACACUAGCUCUCCAUACUUUUCGAAAUUUGAGAAAAUAGAUUCUAUUUUCCACAGCGGACCAGUUUUAAAAUUAAGACCAGUUGAAAUUGCAAGUCCAGUGAAACCACUUGUGUGUGCCUUAAAUUCUCCAGAACCCCACGAUGAGGAGAACUUGGAUAAUUUUGCUAUACUUUCUGCUUCAAAUUCUCAAGGAGAGGAAAAUUGUACCAAUAUGAAGAAAAGAAGUAAGAAUAAACUGAGUGAAUCAUCAGACACUUGGGAAGAAGAUACAUUGGAUGUUAUUCCUGUUGUUUGGGAUCCAGAUUCAAAAAGUGAUGCAGUUGUUGACUGUAUCCAUCCUACUGAAAGAAGUAAAUUUAUCGGUAAUGAACACUUUAAAAUUUGGACCUCCUAUGAGCAUAAUAUGUUUACCACCGGGAAGCUGAAACUUGCUCCACUGAAGAAAAAAAUGAAUACGGCUUCCAUGUUUGACAUAAUUACUUAUUAUGUUGCCAAUGGUUCGGUGAAACUAACUCUUCACAAGUCAGAUUACACCUUAAAAACGGGAGAUUCAUUUUUCAUUCCUCCAGGUAAUGUGCACACCAUAACGAACCUACAGGAAGAGGAAGCUAUGCUUACUUUCACCAUCGUCUCUCUCUCUGGUGUGACACCAACAUAAGGAAACCAUGAAAAGUAAAAAUGAAGAACAGACGUUAUUUUUUAUACACAGAUUUUACUGAUUUUGUUAAAAAAGUUCAGUUUAAUGUUAAUACUAAACAAGUUAUGUUCCUACUGUAAAAAUGAAAGUUUGGGGAUUUUCGUGUUACAAUUUUAUCGUUAUCGUUGUUAUUGUAUGCUUUUUUGCCUGAUUUUACUUGGCAGCUUUUGAGAUCAGUGUUGUAUUAACGUAAUGGUUGCAUAUUACUUUAAAACAAUUAGUUCAUUUUAUAUACCAUACUGUAAGUCAAAAUCAAUAGUAGCAUAUUAUAACACAUUUUUGCAGCAUAUUUCUGUGACCAUUUCUUAAUAGACAAUUUAAAAAAAAAAAUACCCAUUAAAGAGUUGUCUUUUAAUAGUU